AUGGAGGAACCCCCUUCUGCUUCGCAAUCAGCCGUCGAUGUCAACCGCCCGACAUCGAAACCAUCGACGUCGAAGGCUCGAUCGUCCGCCUCUAUACCGGCUAAGACCAAAACCAAGGCAAGUUCAAAACAAAAGCCCGCGAAAAAGGCCACCACCAAGCCUGUUAAAGCGGCUAAGACGGGGAGGGAAGUCCCCUUACUGCCUUCUGUGUGGCCGGUGGUAUCGAUACCGGAGCCUCAAAUUCCUCCGCAGAUUUCACCAGCACAUGUAUUGGGCUCACCUGUCCAUCAAACGAGGCGGCCCGACUUCCCCGACAUCGACACGGCGGAACUCAUUAGUCACCAAAUGGGUGCAGAGUUUUCCCCCGCUCCUUCGAAUUCAUCGGCGUCGAUACUGUCAGAAGCUCCCGAUAUCGAGCAGCAUCGACAUCGAUUUGCCUUCUCUAACACAGAGCUUCACCCUCCAUCUCCAUACGCUCAACCGAUUGAUAUCGACACCACCGGCUACAGAGAUGAUUCCCAUAGACGCACCAUAGUUUCGUCUCCAAGACGUCCAAGAACCAGGAGCCGCUCUCCUAGAGCUUACAGGGGCCCCCCUCCACCGAUGUCUUGGGAUGAGAGACAGAUGCGCUACUUUUGCGCUACCUAUGUCUUCGGUCCUACUACGGGCAGCAAAAUCACCAUGGCAAAAACCAUCAACGCGAAAAUUAGACCACAUAUAGUACCAGACAUCUCUUUCUUACCCAAGGUGGUUUUGGAGUUUCACCUGCAGGCGGAGGUCUUCCUGCCUGAUUUUUUUCCGAACCCCACGUCGGCAGAGGACCGACUGCUUCAUAACCUGGAUGUCAAGAGGGCUCUCUUGUUCUAUCUCCAGAGGACACGAUCGACUAGACGAGACCCACACCUUUUUGUCUCCACUUUAGCACGGUUGGUUUUCCCACCAGUGGAUGACAACGUGCUGAACUUCCUGUACGAUGACAACCGCCGUGUAGAACCCGAGUGGUACAUCCCAAUCCUCCCCAUGGUUCUAAUCAAUGGAGCUGAGGGUAUUGGGACAGGGUGGUCGUGCAAAGUUCCCAACUACGAUGUCCGAGAAGUGGUGAACAACCUUCGCCGCAUGUUGGAUGGAGAGGAGCCUCUGCCGAUGCAUCCUAGUUACAAGAAUUUCAAAGGAACAAUAGAUGAACUGGGUGAGAAACAGUACCUAGUCAAUGGAGAAGUAUCUAUUCUUGAUUCCACUACCAUUGAAAUUUCUGAGCUUCCUGUUCGGACAUGGACCCAGGUGCACAAGGAACAGGUUCUGGAGCCUAUGCUGGGUGGCACAGAAAAAUCUCCCCCAUUAAUAACUGACUACAAAGAAUACCACACAGACACCACAGUCAAAUUCAUAGUAAAAAUGAGUGAACAAAAGCUGGCUGAGGCAGAAGCAGCCGGUCUCCAUAAAGUCUUCAAGCUACAGACCUCUCUUUCCUGCACCAACAUGGUACUCUUUGACCAUGUUGGCUGCCUGAAGAAGUAUGAGACUGCAGAAGAUAUUUUGCGAGAGUUCUAUGAGCUCAGGCUGCGCUACUAUGGCUUAAGAAAAGACUGGCUCGCUGGUCUGCUGGGCGCAGAGUCCGCAAAGCUAAGCAAUCAGGCUCGCUUCAUCCUGGAGAAAAUAGGUGGCAUAAUAGUGAUUGAAAACAAGCCCAAGAAAGAAAUAAUAAAGGUGCUUAUUGAGAGGGGUUAUGAGUCUGAUCCAUUGAAGAGCUGGAAAGAGUCCCAACAAAAGGAUACAAAUGAGGAGAAAGAAGAUGAUGAAGAAAGUGGUAAGGAAAAUGAAUCAACAGCAGGCACUGGGCCAGAUUUCAACUACCUCCUGAACAUGCCUCUCUGGUAUCUAACAAAGGAGAAAAAGGAUGAACUGUGCAAGCAGCGGGAUGACAAAGAAGUCGAGCUGAAAAAUCUGAAACGGAAGAAUCCUGAUGAUUUAUGGAAAGAAGACCUUGCUGCCUUUGUGGAGGCUCUUGAAGAACUAGAAGCCAAGGAAAAAGAGGACGAGAUGCUGGGGGCUGCAGGCAGGCCCAUCAAAGGGAAAGGAGGGAAGCUGAAAGUAAAGAAACUGCAAUUAACAGAAGUCAUGCCUUCACCACAUGGCCGGAGGGUUGUUCCCCGCGUGACUGAGGAGAUGAAAAUGGAUGCAACGAAGAAAUUAAAAAGGAAAAUCAAGACUGAAAAACCUGACCUUGUUGGGGAUCAAGGAGAGUCACCAGAGUCUGAUAAAGAACCAGGAGCUCUUAAACAAAGAUUAGCAAAGAAAAUUAAAGUAGAGACAGGUACAAAAAAACAGUCUGUUCUGCCAUUCAAGCCAGUAAAAAAAGCUAAAAGAAACCCGUGGUCUGAUUCAGAAUCAGAAGAGGAUAAUAGGGAUAGUGACUCUGAAGCUCAGGAGGAGACAGACGAGGAUGCUGUUGCUAAAAAAAAUCUGAAGAGUCCUGCUGCGAAGCUGAAGGUCGCUUCCAAGAAAGCCAUGGAAAAGCAAGCAAAAAAACAACAAACACAAGUGACCAAAGUCCAGAGUUCCAUCCCAACCGAAAUCCCAGACUCUGAUGAUAAGCCAGAUGCAUCAGCCUCUUCCUUGCCUCCUAUUGGCCCAGGAGGGAAAUUGGCACCUAGGAAAAGGGGUCCAGCCAAGAAAGCAAGAAGCACUGCUGAAGAGAACCAGCCUACCAUUGUGGAUGCUUUCGCUAAGGAAGAGGCAAAUGUGAAACCCAGGAAGUCUGGAGCGGCUGUAAGUUCAGAGUCGGGUACAGAUAAAACAGCCUCCAAGAAGCCUGCAGUUGCCAGGGCCAAGAAAGCCACCAAACGGAGGCCGGCAUUUUCCUCCUCUGAGGAUUCUGAUGCUGACCUUCAAUUCGUUAAAAAAUCAACAGCACUUAAGAAAUCCAAGGCAGCAGAUGAGUCCUUCUCUAUCGAUCUGGGCUCUGAUGAUGACUUGCCUGCUGCACCCAUACACUGUCAAAGGCCAGGGCGGGCUAGGAAGCCUGUCCAAUAUCUGGAGGAGUCAGAGGAUGAGAUAUGAAAAUAAAGCAAGAUGUCCAUCUUUCAACAUUGCCCGUCUGCUCAAAUGCGCUAGGAGAUGGCACAACUGUAUGUAAAUAUGAAUAUGUCAAGCUAACUUUACCAGAUGGAGAGGCAAAGAGCUUCCUCCCCUUUCUCCCUGACCUUAAAAAACACAGGCUGUUCUGGCGAGAGGCCUCAAAAUCUGGUGCUUAACUUAUGUGAGAAAAGAUACGGGAGGGGGUGACCAUGCGUGCCUUCCCAUGCAGAAGGAGAGGGAAGGGUCUUGUUCAUUAGAAACACAGUGGGUCUGCUUUUCCAACAAGAUGCCAAGAGCUUUCAGUAGCCUUUUGGACAACACCAAGGUUUAUCGUUCUUUCUGUCUUUCUGUAAAUAUGUUCUGCAAGUUUUUUACACUGUUCCAGCUUCUGCUUUUAUACUUGCUUAAUAAACUAUUC